AUUUCAUAUUCCUAAUGCUUCUUCAACAUAAUUCCAAUCAUGAUUUAAUCCCUAAAGAAACCCCCAACAACCUUCCUCCCUCCAAUCUCCUCUCUUACCCAUCCAAAAGCUUCGAAAUCGAAAACCAUGCCCUCCACCCCAACAUCUCCUCCCCUUCAAAACCCCUCUUCUCCAAAACCAAAGGAAUCUGUCUAGGUUUGCUCUCCAAGCUCAUCUACAUUAUCUGCUUGGCCUCACUGAAGCAUUGAUAUCUGAGCUACGAACAGAUUAAUGGAUUUGAUUUUAUCCUAUUCAGAGCUUUCUUAUCAAUCAUCAGUUCAGGGAUAGAAGCACGAUAUUCCAAAGUUAAUGUGUUUUAUGUGCCCGAAGGGAUCAGAAUUUGUGUGAUAGUCAGGUUCAUAUCUGGCAUUAUUGGGUUUCCAUGAUUUUUUAUCGCAAUGAAAUACUUGCCGACUAGCCAGUGACAUAUUACUGUGAGUAUUUAUCCAUUGCUGAAUGCUAUUUUCGCUUAUUUGUUUUUAAAAGAGAUACUUCAUAUCAGAGAUAUCUGACUCUUGUUCGGAGCCUUUGUGGGAGCUUAUAUUAUUAAUUCAACUGAAUCAACAAGAGAAGGAGAAGGUUUCAGUGAGGAAGUAUAUAAGUUUGGCAUUAUGCUGUUGAUUGUGGCUUUGAUAUUUUAGAUCAACAGGGCUAGUCACCAUGAGAAUCAUUUCCAAAUCUGCAAACUCAGUAUACUCUCUAUUUUAUUAUGCCUUAGGAAUGCUGACUAAUGCUGUAACUCUCUUGCUCUUCUUCAGAGAUCAUCUAAAUUUCCAACACUAUACCAUUGGAGUCAUCUUCUUCUUGUCAGUUGCAUCUAUUUUUGACUAUUGCUCUCAAUCUAUGCUUAGUUAUGCAUCUAAAUUUGAGAAGGCUACUGUAUUGGCACCUUUAAGCUAUGUAACAGCAUGUCUGAUUCUGAUCAACGACUUAGUGUUGUUCCACUAUGAAUUCGAACCAAUGUACUUUCUGGGAUUUGUAAUAAUCUUUAUCUGUGUUCUAGUUCCCAUUGUGUAUAAAAUAUACCAAUAA